GUCCCAUACAACUCGGCUAACGCUCGAAGAUAAUAAUAAUAUCGUUGCGAGUAAAGCAAAUGCGGUUUUGUGUGUGUGGAGUUUUGUACAGAUAUGGACAAUAAAGAAGCUCAAAAUGAAGAACGAGAAGUUUUGCAAUCCAUCUACGAAGGAGAUGAAAAUUUUAAAGAGCUGAACCCAACUACAUUUCAAUAUCGGGUUGGAGACAUUGGUCAUUUUAAAUCAUUUUUAUUAGAAAUUGCCUGGGGUGAUAAUUAUCCAACAGAGUUACCUAAUAUUAACUUUGAUGCAUUCUACAAUAAUCAUAUAUGUCCUAAGGUGAAAAGCAAUGCUGUGAUUAAGAUUAAUGAAGAGGGUGAGCAAUGGCGGGAAUGUGCAAUGACUUAUACACUAUUUGAAUGGGCGAAGGAAAACGCAGAAUCACUUAUGGUGGAUCAGGUCGAAGAAGUUAUCCAAGCAAGGGAACCAAGUGCUGGGGUGACAGAUGUGCAACAGACGAAAAAAGUUAAGGAAAAGAAAGAACAUUUGACAAAAGCACAAAAGAGGAAAAUGGCAGACAAAACAGAUUUCAAAGGAGAAAGACCACGGGGUUGGGACUGGGUUGAUAUUGUGAAG